AUGCAUCCAAAAGAUAUCGAAACAAUCCUGAAGCCAAUGUACGAGAAAUUUGAAGAACUCUGUGAGAAGGGUGAUAUGGAGGGAGCUGCCAACCUCUAUCACACUCAGGGAGUCGUUGUCAAGACGGGUGAGAGCGUCGCAUUUGGAAGAGAGCGUAAGUUGUACACACGAAGAUUACAUUGA